GAAGGUGAUAAAGGUGACCGCCAAAGACACUCUGAUGUUAGGGAUAGGGAAUCCAAUCGAAAGCGACAAAAUGAAAGGGAUGGAUUUAGGGAACGGUCCAGGAGAGAUUACUCGCCGAAUGAUUCCUGGGACAGAAGUUCGGACAGAAAUGCAGAUCGCAAUGGCAGCUUUUCCAGAAGAGACAAUGACAGAAGCUUGGAUAGAGAAAAACCUCGACACAGGGACAAAGAUUUUGAACAUUCUAGAAGAGAUUUGGACAGAUCAAGAGACAAUCAUGAUAAUUCUCUUAGGGAUCGUGAUAACUAUAGAAGUGACGGCUAUGGCGAUAAUUCUAGGAGUGAACAUUAUCGUGAUGCAAAUGACCGAUCACAAUAUUCUGAACGAAGAUCUGAAAAGUAUUUGAACAGUGAUCGUGAUUAUGAACGAUCUCGAAAUUAUGAAAGAUCAAGAGAUUCUUAUCAUGAUUCAGAUAAA